AUGUACGCCGCUCAGAAUAUAACGCCAACAGUUUUGGAUGCUAUGAAUGGAAAUGUUUCCGAAUGGUAUAACGAAUGCGACAAUGCCAUUAGAAGGUCAGAAAUAGUUCCUGGAACUUACGAAUAUACAACUGCUGUUUCUUAUGGAAACGUAGGUGAGUUUGGAGAAGGUUCUUCAACAACAGUAGAUAUUGCUUGCGACAGGUUUCAUAUAAUUUCUAUUGACAACUCUUUCUUAUACGUGGAACAAGACAUUGAAAUAAAACCUUCUGCCAAGUUGUCUGACAAGAAAGGUUGCAAUGGAAUUUUCUAUGUCGGAUACCAAUAUGCUCCAGAAGUUUUCAUGGGAUAUAAGAUAUAUUCUAACUCUGACUUAGUUCAAACAGUAACAUGGGCAAACUAUGAAUGGUUCGCUUUGAGAAACUCAGUACAACCACAAGCUAGAGAACAAACAGACCAGUAUGCAACUAUUGAGAAAAUAAGAAGACUUGACCCUAACGUUCCAGGAGUUUAUGUUAACCUUUCUGGUUCAGAUGGAAAUGCUGUCACUAAAGUAAAACUGAAACUUAGAGUUCCUUUGUCAUCUUUCCUCAUCUUCAGGUUUUUAAGAUACUUGCCAAACUGGGCAGGAAAAAUUUCUAUUGAACUUACUCCAAGCAAAAAUAACUUAGUCAUUGCACCAACACAAGACCCAUUCACUAUUACA